AUGGCCCAACACGGUUUCAAUCAAUUUGGCAACGGCCACAGCGGGGCGAGUAUCGACCCCAAUGAUCUCGCCAUGUCUGGCGGUUACUCGCCCUCCUUCAACAACAACUUCAACUCAAAUUCCGGGAACGGCACCAACGGCUUCACGAAUAGCUCCGCCAUGUUUGAUGACGAUGAGCUUCUCGAUGGCCUCAAUGGACCUCCUGUCACCCAGUCUGGUAUGGGUGGCGGACAGGACUUCGCAGGGCUAAGUAUGGGUGGCUUUUCUCAAAAUGCCUUCUCCCACCGUAAUUCCGGCUUGCAAAUCGAUCCGUCUCACAUGAACGGCUACUCAAGUACUCCCGACGGAGAUCCUAUUCAGAGUCCAUUCAACACCGGCUUCAACCCUCAGUAUCGACAAAUGCAGGGCCAUUCACUUGGAACCUCCCUGCACUCGCCAUUGUCGUAUUCCGAGUCUCCUUUAGCCGGUGCCAUGAAUGCUGACAGCAACGACCCUAACUAUCUCAAGGCCAGAGCCCGAAUGUCCCAGCAGAUGCAACGAAAAGCUUCCAACAACAGCCGUAGUCCCAUGUCCCCAAUGACCCCAAAAACUGCUACACUCCAUGGGAUGACGAUUGGAUCGCAGGAGUCCCCAGGUUUCGGCGGUCAAGCCAUGAAGUCGGCCAAUGGACAAUGGCUCAACACCCCUGCUGGAAGCAUCCCCGCUUCUUACAACUCGGGCUUCUCUUCUCCCAUGCAACCAGGCAUGAACCAAAUCAGUGAGGUCAUGAUGAAGGGCGGUACCUCAAUGCCUGCUAAGCUCGGUGUCGCUUCGAACGCUGUUUCGUCUCAGGAGAUGAAGAGGAAGCGCCGUCGUGAGUCUCAUAAUCUUGUCGAGCGUCGUCGACGAGACAACAUCAAUGAGAGAAUCCAGGAUCUUAGCAGGCUUGUUCCCACACAUCGUCUCGAAGAUGAGAAGAUCCGAAAGUUGAUUCAGAACGGCACACCUCUAUCACCUUCGUUGACCGGAAUAUCUAGUCCCCAGGCAACUUCAGGGCUCGCUGGACCAGGCGCCAGAAGAGCCACUGGAACCAGUGCUGGCAACAUCACAACAGGUCUUCCCAUCGAAGACAAGGACAAGGGACCCAACAAGGGCGACAUCCUCAACGGUGCUGUUAGCUGGACUCGAGACCUCAUGUGGAUGCUCCACCUCAAGCUUCAACAGCAAGAGGAAAUGAUCAAUACCAUCACUGAACUCGGUGGUCACUUUCCCUUUGAGAUGACAGAAGAUGAGCGACGUAUGCAUACAGAGCUCAUGGAUGCUUUCUCCAAGAGUGAGGGUCUCUCGUACUCGCGCACAGCUGGAUCCGGUCUGCGAGUGCCUCAGCACACUGACUAUCGCGGAGAGUCCCUGUCCGGUGGCGGCAGUAGCCUCGAUCCUGUUGCUAUCAGCCCAGAUGACGCUCUCGACCUGAACGACACAAACCAAUUUUGGAAUGAUCCUCAUGACCUUGAUGAGAACAACAGCGGUCAUGCUUCCGUCAACUUCAAGGAGGAAGAUGAAUAUGACAUGGACCUUACUCAUUAG